GGAAACCUUAAACAAGAUCCGCGUUUUGUCGUUCUUGAAUCUGGAAUCUACGGAGAUUGUAUUCAAGUUUAAUCGUUUUGCGUUUCACAAGGUGUUAUCGAGAUAUGGCGGGAAGUGAGAGUUUAGAUAAGGAGAUAAGCUCGGCGGUUUCUAGCUGCGAGGCGUAUUUCGAAAAAGUUCAGUCGAGGAAGAACCUUCCUAAGUCUCUUCAAGAAACCCUUAACUCUGCCUUCGCUGGGAUCCCCGUCUCCUCCUUCCCUCGAGUUCCCGGCGGCAGAGUGAUUGAGAUACCAGCGCAAACAUCUGUGUCCGAAGCAGUAAAGAUUCUUUCAGACAGCAAGAUUCUCUCAGCUCCUGUGAUAAACAAAGACCACAAGAGCUCCCUAGACUGGAGAGAGCGAUAUCUAGGAAUCAUUGACUACUCCUCCAUCAUCCUAUGGGUUCUUGAGAGUGCAGAUUUCGCUGCAAUCGCAUUAUCAGCCACGUCAGCAACCGCUGCUGGUGUUGGCGCAGGAGCCGUUGGAGCUUUAGGUGUUGCAGCGCUCGGUGCAACUGGUCCUGUAGCUGCAGCGGGGCUAGCGGCUGCGGCGGUUGGAGCUGCCGUUGCUGGUGGUGUUGCAGCUGACCGUGGUAUCGGAAAAGAUGCUCCAACAGCUGUUGAUAGGUUGGGAAAAGAUUUUUAUCAAGUCAUUCUACGCGAAGAGCCUUUCAAAUCAACCACUGUUAGAACGAUACUAAAGUCCUUUAGAUAUGCUCCCUUUGUUCCGGUGUGUACAGAGAGUUCCAUGUUGAGUGUUUUGUUGCUACUAUCCAAGUACCGGUUAAGAAACGUCCCGGUGAUUAAACCGGGUGAGCCAGAUAUCAAGAACUACAUUACUCAAUCUGCAGUUGUUUAUGGUCUUGAAGACUGUAAAGGCAGAGAUUGGUUCGAUCACAUUUCCUCUCUUCCCAUUUCUGAACUCGGCCUCCCUUUCAUGUCACCCAAGGAGGUUAUUAGCAUUGACAGCGACGAACAUAUUCUUGAAGCAUUCAAGCGAAUGAGAGACAACAACAUUGGUGGUCUUCCUGUUGUUGAUGGGACAAACAAGAAGAUUGUUGGAAACAUAAGCAUGAGAGACAUUAGAUAUCUGCUACUUCAACCUGAAGUCUUCUCUAACUUCAGGCAUCUUACGGUGAGGAACUUCACUACAAAGAUUGCUACUGCGGGAGAGGAAUACGGUUUAGCUAUUCCUGCGAUAACAUGUAGGCCUGAUUCGACUUUGGGUAGUGUUAUAAACAGUUUGGCUUCGAGGUCGGUGCAUCGAGUUUAUGUAGGGGAGGGAGAUGAGAAUGAGCUUUAUGGAGUUAUUACACUGAGGGAUGUGAUCUCUUGUUUCGUGUCAGAACCUCCCAACCACUUUGAAAACUGUCUUGGCUUCUCGGUUAAAGAAAUGCUUAAGCGAUGAUGAUCUCUUGUUUCUCAGCUUUUUGGUCUUCUAUGUUGUUUGUUCUUUCUUGUUUUUUUUUUGUCGGCUAGUUCUCUCUUGGUAGAAAUCCUCAAAGUUGCGUGUUUAAUAUCUAAACUUGCAAGCCAAUUCCAAGUUUUAAAGCCA